CGCAAGCGGAAGCUCCAACGGGUGACGUGUCAGGGCUUCGCUCAGAGGAACUGGACUGGUACCGGGGACGCAGCCGUGGCAAACGUAUUAGCAAGAAAAGAAGCCAAGUAAAACAUAGCCGCUUAUGGUUUUGCCAUUUCAGUGGAUGGUUAAAACCAGGAGUAUUUACAUUUGUUUGAUUUUCGCUGGCAACAGACGAUGUUGACCAAAUUUGAGACCAAGUCGGCCCGUGUGAAAGGGCUAAGCUUCCAUCCCAAGCGGCCCUGGAUUCUCGCCAGCCUGCACAAUGGAGUCAUCCAGCUGUGGGACUAUCGCAUGUGCACGCUGAUCGACAAGUUUGACGAGCACGACGGUCCGGUUAGAGGAAUCGACUUCCACAAGCAGCAGCCAUUGUUUGUAUCUGGAGGAGAUGACUACAAGAUUAAGGUCUGGAAUUACAAACUACGGCGCUGCCUGUUCACGCUGCUCGGUCACCUGGAUUAUAUCCGGACCACGUUCUUCCACCAUGAGUACCCCUGGAUUUUGAGUGCCUCUGAUGAUCAGACCAUCCGCAUCUGGAACUGGCAGUCCCGCACCUGUGUCUGCGUGCUGACAGGACACAACCACUACGUGAUGUGUGCUCAGUUUCACCCGUCGGAGGACCUGGUGGUGUCGGCCAGCCUGGACCAGACCGUGCGCGUGUGGGAUAUCUCUGGCCUGAGGAAGAAGAACCUCUCUCCUGGUGCCAUGGAGACUGAGGUGCGAGGUAUCUCCGGCGUCGACCUGUUCGGGGCAUCGGACGCCGUUGUCAAGCACGUCCUGGAGGGUCAUGACCGCGGAGUGAAUUGGGCAGCCUUCCACCCCAGCAUGCCUCUUAUAGUGUCUGGAGCUGAUGACCGGCAGGUCAAAAUAUGGAGGAUGAAUGAGUCCAAGGCGUGGGAGCUGGACACCUGCAGGGGGCACUAUAACAACGUGUCGUGCGCCGUCUUCCAUCCUCGCCAGGAGCUCAUUCUGUCCAACUCGGAGGACAAGAGCAUCCGGGUGUGGGACAUGUCCAAGAGGACCGGUGUGCAGACCUUCCGCCGCGACCACGACCGCUUCUGGGUGCUGGGCGCUCACCCCAACCUCAACCUCUUUGCUGCCGGCCACGACAGCGGCAUGCUCGUCUUUAAGCUGGAGCGGGAGCGGCCCGCCUACGCCGUCUACGGGAACAUGCUGUACUAUGUGAAGGACCGCUUCCUCCGCCAGCUCGACUUCCACAGCAGCAAGGACACCGCUGUCAUGCAACUGCGCAGUGGGUCCAAAUUCCCAGUGUUUAGCAUGUCCUACAACCCGGCUGAGAAUGCCGUCCUGCUCUGCACUAGAGCCACUAACCUGGAGAACAGCACCUAUGACCUGUACUCCAUCCCCCGAGAGAGCGACUCCCAGAAUCCGGACGCUCCCGAGGGAAAGCGCUCUUCCGGCUUAACUGCGGUUUGGGUCGCUAGAAACCGCUUCGCUGUUCUGGACCGUAUGCAUUCGCUCCUGAUAAAGAACCUGAAGAAUGAGAUCGUGAAGAAAGUGCAGGUGCCGAGCUGCGAGGAGAUCUUCUACGCCGGCACGGGCUCGCUCCUGCUGCGCGACGCUGACGGCGUCACGCUCUUCGACGUGCAGCAGAAGCGCUCGCUCGCCACCGUCAAGAUCGCCAAGGUCAAGUACGUGGUGUGGUCGGCGGACACCAGCCACGUGGCCCUGCUGGCAAAGCACGCCAUCAUGAUCUGCAACAGGAAGCUAGAGAGUCUGUGUAACAUCCACGAGAAUAUCCGUGUAAAGAGCGGAGCCUGGGACGAGAGCGGAGUGUUCAUCUACACCACCUCCAACCACAUCAAAUACGCCCUGACCUCUGGUGACCACGGAAUCAUACGGACCCUGGACCUACCCAUCUACGUGACACGCGUGCGCGGAAACAGCGUCUACUGUCUGGACCGGGACUGUCGGCCGCGCGUGCUGACCAUCGACCCCACGGAGUACCGCUUCAAGCUGGCCUUGGUCAACCGCAAGUACGAGGAGGUCCUGCACAUGGUGCGCAAUGCCAAGCUGGUGGGCCAGUCCAUCAUCGCCUACCUGCAGAAGAAGGGCUACCCCGAGGUCGCGCUGCACUUCGUCAAAGACGAGAAGACGCGCUUCAGCCUGGCGCUAGAAUGUGGAAACAUCGAGGUGGCGUUGGAGGCUGCGAAGGCUCUGGACGAGCGGAGCUGCUGGGAGAGGCUGGGCGAGGCCGCGCUGCUCCAGGGACACCACCAGGUGGUGGAGAUGUGCUAUCAGAGGACCAAGAACUUCGACAAGCUCACCUUCCUGUACCUCAUCACGGGCAACCUGGCCAAGCUGCGCAAGAUGAUGAAGAUCGCGGAAAUCAGGAAGGACAUGAGUGGCCAUUACCAGGGGGCCCUUUACCUCGGCGAUGUCAGCGAGAGGGUUCGCAUCCUGAAGAACUGCGGCCAGAAGUCCCUGGCGUACCUGACAGCUGCCACUCAUGGUAUGGACGAGGAGGCAGAGGCCCUCAAAGAAACCUUUGACCCGGAAAAGGAAACUGUGCCCGACAUUGACCCUGAUGCCCAGCUCCUCCAGCCACCACCUCCCAUCAACCCCCUGGACACCAACUGGCCUCUGCUCACGGUCUCCAAGGGCUUCUUUGAGGGGGCUAUCUCUGCUAAAGGGAAGGCCGGUCAGAUGGCUGCUGAUCUCGACAUGGAAGCUCCAGGCGGUGAAGGCUGGGGGGAGGACGCAGAACUUCAGCUGGAUGAGGAUGGCUUUAUGGACGCUCAGGAGGGAGCUGUGGACGAGGCUGGCAUAGGAAAGGAGGAGGGAGGUGGCUGGGAGGUGGAGGAGGAUCUCGAUCUGCCCCCGGAGCUGGAGCUGCCAGCCGGAGGAGGCGCGGGGGCUGAAGAUGGCUUCUUCGUGCCGCCCACUAAGGGGAUGAGUCCCACCCAGAUGUGGUGCAACAACUCGCAGCUCCCCGUGGACCAUAUCUUGGCCGGGUCCUUUGAGACCGCCAUGAGGCUCCUCCAUGACCAGGUGGGCGUGGUCAGCUUCGCGCCAUACAAGCCCCUCUUCCUGCAGACGUUCUCCCGGGGACGCACGUGCUACUCUGGCCUGCCAGCCCUGCCCUGCCUCCAUGGCCACCCCCAGAGGAACUGGAAGGAGGCGGGCGCCAAGCAGGGCCUGCCCGCAGUUGGGCUGCGCCUGUCUGACCUCAUCGCCCGCCUGCAGCAGUGCUACCAGCUGACCACAGCGGGCCGCUUCGAGGAGGCCGUCGAGCGCUUCCGUGUCAUCCUGCUCUCCGUGCCGCUGCUGGUGGUCGACAAUAAACAGGAGAUCGCCGAGGCACAGCAGCUGAUCACGAUCUGUAGGGAGUACAUAGUGGGCUUGACCAUGGAGACAGAGAGGAAGAAACUGCCCAAGGAUACACUGGAGCAGCAGAAGAGGCUCUGUGAGAUGGCCGCCUACUUCACACACUGCAACCUGCAGCCAGUGCACAUGGUCCUGGUCCUGCGCACGGCGCUCAACCUCUUCUUCAAGCUCCGCAACUUCAAGACGGCUGCCGGCUUCGCCCGCCGCCUCCUGGAGCUGGGGCCUAAGCCAGAGGUGGCACAGCAGACGCGCAAGAUCCUGGCAGCAUGUGAGAAGACCCUGACGGACACCCACCAGCUGAACUACGACCCCCACAAUCCCUUUGACCUCUGUGCAGCCUCCUUUAUCCCCCUGUACCGGGGGCGUCCUGUGGAGAAGUGUCCCCUCUCUGGGGCCUGUUACUGCCCCACUUACAAAGGACAGAUCUGCAGAGUGACACAGGCGACAGAGAUUGGGAAAGAUGUCAUCGGUCUCCGUGUCAGCCCUCUGCAGUUCCGCUGAGAGGAAACGGGAAGAUUGUGGGCGGAAAUUGGAGAAUAUCUGAAAAUACAACUGAGAGAAUCUAUAGUCUCCAAUAUGUAUUUUGUCUAAAUGUUAAUCAGUCCAGGUUUAAGUAUUUUCCAUGUGUCACGGUAGAAUAUUCUGUCUUACCUACAUUGCUUUGCUGUUUUUGGCUGGUUUAGGCAAACUUGGAGAAUUACUGAGUAACUACAUUUGAAGCAAAAACUUCCAGCUAUAAUACUCCAUUUUAGCGUUAGAUGCACACUGUAAGGGUAAAAACAUAAAGGUUAAAAUGCUUGAA